GCUAUAAACAGGCCGCCUUCCUGUCCCUGGCCCAGGCUCCAGAAAGCUCAGGCCCAGGAUCAGCAUGGCCAUCAGCCUGUGGAUGAUCACCCUGGCUGUGACGGCCCUCCUCAUUAUGGACAGAGGCUACGGUUUGGGACUGAGAGCAGCUGUGGGAGCCUUGCCCUGGGCCAGAUACAUGUGGCUGGAGUCGGGCCUCCCCAGAGGUCUUCUUCUGCAGCCUCACGUCUACUGUGGCUCAGAUUCUCCCAACUGUGAGCACAUGGCAGAGUUUCCAUGCUGUUCCCAGACGCUCAGCCCAGACUGUGGCACUGACACAGUCACAUGUAACAAUGAAUGCCAGCUCUGCCUGGCCUGGAUGAAAACCAAAAAGGACAUCCAGAUCCUGAAGGAUGGCAAAUGCUGA